AUUUUCUCUUCAAUUCUAUCGAUCCGACCGUCCGAAAAGCUUUUAUACAAUCAACUACCAAAAUAUCAAAUUGGAUUCCUUACUGGUCGUCUUCCUUCCACUUCUUCUACUUCUCCCCUCCGUCGUGACUUUCGGGUGACCGAUCCGGCGGUUCAUUUCGGCCGCUAAGUUUCUGGUUUUCUCGCUCUUCCUCGCCCUAGUUCUCACCACUGCUUGGGCGGACGCCUCGGCCGAUAGCGACGGCGAUGUUGCUGCGCCGGUGAGUCAAGUCACUGGAUCUAAAGACCUCGAGACCUCCGCUCUGGAGAUCGAACUCGACCAGCUCACGUCCAAGAUCCAAUCCCUUGAGUCCAAGAUCAAUAAGAAGACAAAGGAAUUGAAGGCGAAAGAUGAGAAAUUGGCUGAGAAGGAUAAACUCAUCAAAGAUAAAGCAGACAAAACAGACAGCUCCAUAAUCCCAGAGGAAGCAGGAAAACAGAGAGACCCAAAUAUGAGCAAGGCCCUUCUCCGUUCUGUUCGUCUGCCUCGGCAACAUCUGUCGGAGCCCAGCAGUCGAGGGAGUCUUCAGAGACAUGGUUCACAAGGGGGGUCUCGAUUCCAAGUUCAACAUCCACUCUGCCGGUACCAUCAAUUACCACGAGGUAGACGUAAAACAAGAAAAAGGUUUGUUCUUUACGAUCAUGUAUCGGGUUUGGGUUUCUGAAUAUUAGGUAUUUAUAGAAUAAUAGGAAUUAAGUUUUAUUUUUAUUUUUAGUAGUGGUAAAAUGAUGUGGA